GGUUGGGACAAGUAGGGCACUCUGUACUGAGCGGGUCUGGAGCCUGAAAUCUGAUCGUUGUUAAAAAAAAUAAUAAGACUCUGCUGCCUGAAGUACAGUGUUGCCAGUUCAGGUCUUCAAGCCAAUAUUUCACACACCAAUAGCAGAGCACUCUCACACUUUCCAAGGAGCUAUAGCAAGGCAAGCGGGCAUUCAGAGAGAGAGAGAGAGAGAGCGAGAGCCGCGGCACAGGCAGGAGGCAUCAGCAUUGGACUUUAUACAGCCACAUCUCUGAAACAUUAAGAGGGACCACGGUACAGCUCCAUCAGGAAUUGUUUUAUACCAAUAAAAGAAACGGGUACACGUAAACAUCAGUUAACUAAGUUGUAGGGUUUUUUGCGUAGCCGCUGAAAUUUUGGAAGCUCGGUACAAAAACUGAAGAAGAAGAAGAAGAAGAAGAAGAAGAAGAAGAAGAAGAAGAAGAAGAAGAAGAAGAAGAAGAAGAAGAAGCGCUUAUUGGAUAUAUUUCUCAAAACUGUCUUUUAUAAUUGGUUUCUUUGUAUUUAUUUUUAGAAUGAAAGGAUUUUACAACAAUUACACAACUGGCACUGAGACGAUUUCAAAGUCUUUUUAAAGAACCUUAGGAGGAAUUCUGUCAGAAACUGCAUACAGUAUUGUGCUUAAACUAAAGUGGAUCUAGCCGAGAUUAUUCUGGUCAACUCCGGGAAGGCGUGUGAGAAGAGCGAGGGGUGAAAGUGUACCUCCCACCUGUGAGAAGCAUGCAGCCGGAGGAUGUCUGAAGCUGGAUGGGGCUGUAGCAGUCAACUUCUCUCCACCACCUCCAGAGGAAUGAUUGCUUUGUGGUUCACCCUCUGCUUUUACCUAGUGACUGUCAACAGCAUACCUGCAGCCAGGCUGCCCAUCGCUCAGCCUGAGGAGAGGACGACAAACAGACCCUCAGAUUCUUUGUCGAGUGAGACAGUGUUUCUGGAAGAGUUUGUUCUCGGAAAUGGUGACACCCUCGACCUGUCCUGCAGUACACAAGGCUCCUCUGUGUCAGUUGUCUGGUUCAAGGAUGGUGUCUUGGUCGUUCCAAGCAACAGGACCCGCGUCGGGGCAAGGCAGCUCAGAAUCAUCAACGUCUCGUACGAUGACUCAGGGGUUUACACCUGCAGGCUAGCGCACAGAAACACCCUCCUCAGCAACUUCACUGUGAAAGUAACAGACUCCUUAUCUUCAGGAGAUGAUGAAGAUGAUGACGAAGAAUCUGAAGACUCAUAUAAUGAAGCUCCAUAUUGGACGCGCCCUGAGCGAAUGGAGAAGAGGCUCCUAGCAGUUCCCGCUGCCAACACGGUGAGAUUCCGCUGCCAGGCCGCCGGAAACCCGAUACCCACAAUCCACUGGCUAAAGAACGGCAAGGAGUUCAAGGGGGAGCACCGGAUAGGAGGCAUCAAGCUGAGGCACCAGCAGUGGAGCCUGGUGAUGGAGAGCGUGGUCCCCUCGGACCGGGGAAACUACACCUGCAUAGUGGAGAACAAGCAGGGCAGCAUCAGCCACACGUACCAGCUCGACGUCCUGGAGAGGUCACCCCACAGACCUAUCCUACAGGCUGGGUUACCUGCUAACCAGUCGGUGGUGUUGGGCAGCAAUGUGGAGUUCCAUUGUAAAGUGUACAGCGACGCCCAGCCCCACAUCCAGUGGCUCAAGCACAUAGAGGUCAACGGCAGCAAAUACGGGUCAGACGGAGUGCCCUACGUCACCAUUCUGAAAUCCUGGAUAAGUAAAAAGGCUGAAGCUGAUGCUAAGCUGGCUCUGUACAAUGUGACAGAGCAGGACGUGGGAGAGUAUCACUGUAGAGCCUCCAAUUUCGUAGGCUACGCCGAAAAGCUUUUCUGGCUUCAUAUUCGCAAACCGACACCAGCGCAAGACACGGUCAAGGAGGAUGACUCAGGCUCUUCCUACGCCGACAUCCUGAUCUACGUGACAGGCUGCGUCCUCUUCAUCCUGACCAUCGUCAUCGUCAUCCUGUGCAGAAUGAGAAUGUCCACCAAGAAGACCCUCAGCGCUCCGACCAUUCAGAAACUCUCCAAGUUCCCCCUCAAGAGACAGCAGGUGUCCUUGGAGUCCAACUCGUCCAUGAAUUCUAACACCCCAUUGGUCAGAAUUGCCCGCCUGUCAUCCAGUGAUGGACCAAUGCUGGCGAACGUGUUGGAGCUGGAGCUGCCUGCUGAUCCAAAGUGGGAAUUCCAGCGUACAAGGCUGACGUUAGGAAAGCCGCUGGGAGAGGGCUGCUUUGGACAGGUGGUUAUGGCAGAGGCUAUUGGGAUAGACAAAGACAAGCCAAACAAGCCCGCCACUGUUGCGGUGAAGAUGCUUAAAGAUGAUGCCACAGAUAAGGAUCUUUCCGACCUGGUCUCUGAAAUGGAAAUGAUGAAAAUGAUCGGAAAGCACAAGAACAUCAUUAACCUCUUGGGAGCCUGUACUCAGGAUGGUCCACUGUACGUCUUGGUUGAAUACGCAUCUAAAGGAAACUUGAGAGAGUAUCUUAGAGCACGACGCCCUCCUGGCAUGGAUUACUCCUUUGACACCUGCAAAAUCCCAGACGAGCAGCUCACCUUCAAAGACUUGGUAUCCUGCGCUUACCAGGUGGCUCGAGGGAUGGAGUACCUGGCAUCCCAAAAGUGCAUUCAUCGAGACCUGGCUGCCAGAAACGUCUUAGUAACAGACGACAACGUGAUGAAGAUUGCAGACUUUGGCCUUGCCAGGGACGUACAUAAUAUCGACUACUACAAAAAGACGACAAAUGGUCGGCUGCCUGUGAAAUGGAUGGCCCCAGAAGCAUUGUUUGACCGGGUCUACACCCACCAGAGUGAUGUCUGGUCCUAUGGAGUCAUCUUGUGGGAGAUCUUUACUCUGGGGGGGUCCCCAUACCCCGGAAUCCCUGUUGAAGAGUUAUUUAAGCUUUUGAAAGAAGGCCAUCGGAUGGACAAGCCUGCAAACUGCACGCACGAGCUAUAUAUGAUAAUGAGAGAAUGUUGGCAUGCAGUUCCCUCACAGAGACCAACCUUCAAGCAGCUGGUGGAGGACCAUGACAGGGUCCUGACAAUGACAUCCACUGAUGAGUACCUUGACUUAUCGGUAGUGUUCGAGCAGUAUUCACCCGCUGGCCAGGACACUCGCAGUACCUGCUCCUCGGGGGACGAUUCUGUCUUCACCCAUGAGCCCUUGCCUGACGAGCCCUGUCUCCCCAAACGCCAGCAGUGUAACAGUGUCAUCCGGGAAUGAACACUUUGACAAAUUCCAGAAUGCAGGCCUGGUGCCUUUGAAGCCAUUACUAUGAAGACGAAAACAACAACAACAAGAAAACAUGGAACAGUAGUUUUAUAGAAACUUAUUUGAGCCUUACCUUUUUUUCUAUUUCUUUUUUUUUCUUCUUUUUUUCUAAAUGCUGUAUACAAAGUCGAGAAGCACUGUUUGGCUUGAAGGAACUAUUGUGACCCUUUGCCAUGAUUUAUUUAAUAAUAUCUUGGGUUUUUUUUGUUUUGUUUAAAAAAAUAUACUUCCCGCUUUUUAAUUAAUAUGGUAGAGCAAAACCAUUAUGUGCCUAUAAACUCAAAGAAAGGACAGAAGUGAAACUGCAAGAAAUGAUUCCUGAGUGACAAAACUAAAUGUUUUUUAAUGUGUGAAGGUGCAGAUCACCCCUUUCAAGGCUGGUGGACUUAAGCCUUAUGGAAUUUACAGAGACUUAAGAGCCAGUCAAUGGAAACAGUUUAAACACGGUAUGCAUGUAUGUGCACACUGCUGUAGCGACCCAAGCCUGCACAUACUGAUUAGGGUUUAGUGAAAAGCAGCACAGACUUCAUUUGAGUUACUGCUGUUCUCUCCAUCUCAUUACUCUUUUUUUUAUUUUAUUUUUUUACUGACUUCCAUGAGUGUUCGACAGCUGCGGAAUACUCUGCUAGGGAAGAUGAAAAUAAAACCCUUCUUUUCAACAGUAUUGUGCUGUUAACUUAAAACCUCGUUCAGAAGAUUUUUUAUUUUUUUGUAAUAUUACUGAAGAGCUUCUGAUUGAGUGUUUUAAGUAUGAUGGAUUUUUUAAUUUUUUUUAUUUUUUAAUGUUCCUUUUAGUUCCAAGCAUUUGGGAGACUGUUGCUAUGAAAUACAACAGGUGGCCUCCACCAAUUAGUAGGACCUAACAAUGGUACACUAAGGCUGCUGCCUUUUAACUUAUAUCUGAAAGGUUUAUAUUGUAAAUAUAUAUAAAUACAAAUAUGUAUCAUAUUGCUGAGAACAGCAGCAUACUGAAAAAGAAAUAUACUAUUUUUUUUUUUUUAAUCGCUUAAAAAGUUAAAGCAUUGCAAUCUAGGAUAUACUGAUGAUGUGGUCAUAUAAAAACAAAAUUUAAUCUUCAAAGUUUUUUUUAAGUUUAUUUGAAUAAUUAACAUGUAUAUUUGUAAAGGUAUUUAUAGACUUUUAACAUAUCUGUUCAUAGGUUUAAAUAGCUAGCAUAGAAUUUUGGUACUGUAAACAACUUCAUUUUUCAGAUUAGAUUUUUUUUUUUAACUUAUUAACAAAGAAUUGAGACAGGAUAAUGUUUUUUUCCCUCCCAUUUUUGUUUACAGGUAAAAAGAAUGUAUAAAAAAUGUAAAAUUACCUAUGUUGUUUCUUUAUACAAAUAAGAAAAAAAAAACAGGAAACUGAAUUUUUGUUAGUGUUAUCCUGGAUUGCAGUGAAUGGUGAAGUUUUUGAUUUUGCAGUGCAACAGCAGUGGUUAAAUCUGUCAGAAUAACAACAACCCAUACGAUACAGCCACAAAAUAAUUAGGUAGCCAGGGAAGAGAAAGGAGUUAGCAUUCUGAAGCUGAGCGAACACAAAGCCAUUUUGUGUCUUGGAACUUGGUUUCAGGAGACUAGGUUUUAGGCCACGGCAUGGCACACCAGGGGGAGACUUGGGGUGUGAUACAGAAAUUGGCUCAAACUAGGUCUCCCUGUCUCCUGGAACCAGGUUUCAAGCCACUGUUCCUGAAAAAGGGGCUUUGGUGUUCCCUCAGCUUAGAGCACCAGACAUGUGGAAAACUUCCCUGGCCCUUCAGCUUCGUACUUCCUUUGUGAUUUAACCACUGUUCAAUAGGGGUUCUCUUUGAAAUGAAGGCAAGCUUUGAGGUUUGUGUUAAGCAAGUACUCUGCAAAGCAAAAAAAAACAACGACUCUGAAUGAUGCGUUUAUUUAGGAGUUAUAUUUUUGACAGAAUUACUGCAGAAUCUGGUUUUUCGGUUUAACGUAAAAUGGGGUGCAACGAUUAUGUUUUAUUGGUUAUUUUUAUUUUUAUUUUUUUUCAUGGCUCCAAUAAGUGUCCUGCAAAUGGCAACUGCAGGGAAACCAAUGCAAUUUAGAGAGAUUUUCUUAAUCCAGCACCUUGCCAGAAAUGUGAUAAUGUUUCAACUAUGGUCACAUCUGUCAAACCAAAAUGCAUAAUUUUAGAAGUACAAUAAUAAUAAAGUUCCACCAGAAAAUGGAACAAAAAAUAGUGUCACAGUAAAACUAUCCUGGAGACAAGCUGCUUUUAAAAAAUCUCUGCCAUUUAAAAGUAAUCCACAGCAAUACGCCUGUAGCAAUCCCAAUCAAGUACAAUUGAAUUAGCCAAUUUUCUUGCCUGUAAAGUGCCUGGGACUGAUUUGACCUGGAGGAGGGAGCAGGGCGGUGGUUUAAAACCUUUUGAGGUAAAAAUUAUUUGAAUGUAACACAGCCAUAAUUGUCUCCCAAACUGGGGGGUUUAGUCUUGAAAAGCCUUUUAACUGAAGUAUAAAAUGGCACUUCUAGGGUUGCCUGUGGAUUCAACAGGACCUUCAUUUGUUUUGUUUUUUAAAGAGAACCCUUUUUAUUCCUUGUAUGUGUUUCUCUUCAGUGCCUGGAGGGCAGCCUUAAGUUUCUACCUUUUUUUUAGCCACCUCUAUUUGGACCAAUUCAAUUUGGUGAGCAUCCCUUACUUUGAAUGCUCCAUAAACAUUUUGAAAUCCUUUCCACUUCUCUUCUUUUUGGUUACCCCAAGUGAUGCUUUUGAAACUAGCAUUCACUGUCCAUCCUAAAUUGAAUCUAAGUGCCACUGGAUCACAGUCAGUAACAGAGAUAAUCCUUGCACCCUAGUUUUCCUCUGUCAAGUUUGUAUAUUAGCAAUACUGGGAUGACAACCCAUCUUCCAUUUUUAUUAUUUUAUUUUUUCUAAAAGUAUUGUAUUAGUUCCAUGAAGCUCUUACUACAUAGACAGAUUUAAUUUAUAGUUUGAAGUUAAGUGAUUGAUUUAUAUAGUGUAGAUGUUAUAUAGCUGUGUGAUUUUUGUUCGUUUUGUAAAAUUAAAGUAAAAAAAAAAGAUUCUUUACAGUAUUUUCUUACGAAAUCCAGCAAAUGUUGUACAUUCCAAGUACCUAAUGCAUUCAAAUGUUGUUUCCAAUGUCGAAAACAAAGAAAUUGCACAUUUGUGCACACUUUUUUCAGAAAAUCAAACUAGAUAUGCAUCUAAUUUAUUGUUUUAGUUUUGUUUUUUUACAAAACGUGUGUUUUAAGCAAGCGAGCAUUACAUUUCAUAUUCAUUGCUUAUAUAGUUUUUAUAACUGUUAUUUUCAGCAACUAAAAGUCUGCAUAACGUUCUUUCUGAAUGCAUCGUUUUUGUGUCACAUUCCACAGAAUUGCAUAGCUCGAUUUUGGGAACAGCUUUUAUGUUUUUAUUGUCAUUUGCAAUCUCUGUACCUGAAAACCUAUGCUGUUGGAAGUUUCAAAUAAACACUAAACCAGUCA